UACCGGUGAUGAAUCAAGCUGCGCCAGUGUUGUUCUGCGGGGUCGAGGCGGCGAGGUUACCGUGAUUAUGGCGAAGAGUGCAAUAGAUUCGGAACGAGUAGUUAUGGGUACAAGCCAAUACGAUGCGAUAGCAAUCUAUGAGCCGAUAGAUCAGCCUACGGGUUGAAGUCCGGCAAAUCUGGCCACAUCAUAAGUAGAGCUUCGAAUGUUGACUCCCCUUGAAUCGUUUAGCAGUCAGUUGUAUACCUGUUCUCGGCGUAACACUGACAACUCAUCGAAGUAUGGCACUUAUGCAGUCCGUGACUUGUUUGCGUUCGAAGUCUCGACGACUGAUUCGAGACGGCAUAGCUUCAUUGCCUUCAGGAUCAAUUGUGCCGUUACGACACGUUGCUACAGUGCCGUUCCGGUUACCAGCUCCCAGGAAUGAACCCAAUCUCCAAUACAAAAAAGGAUCCCCUGAACGACUCCGUCUCGAAGAAGCUUUGAAAAAGCUCCGCUCACAGCUGCCUCUCGAGAGUCAAAUCUUCUACAAUGGCAAGGCACAGAAGGCACCAAAGUCCGUUGGACAGCCGAUGCCCAGCGAGCAUGGCACGACGUUUACCAACUUCCCACUUGCCACCAAGGAACAAAUUUCGGUUUCAAUUGACUCUGCCCUCAAAGCAAAGAAGGACUGGGAGAACACACCUUUCGUUGACCGAGCGGCCAUAUUCCAGAAAGCAGCUGAACUCGUCGCGACUAAAUACCGCUAUGAACUUAUUGCAGCAACAAUGCUGGGCCAGGGGAAGAACAUCUGGCAAGCAGAGAUCGAUGCUGCAGCGGAGUUGGCGGAUUUCUUCCGCUUAAAUUGCAAUUACGCUGCGGAGCUUCUAGGAAGGCAGCCUGAUCGUGGGAGCGAUGGGAUGUGGAGCCGUCUAGACUAUCGUCCAUUGGAGGGAUUUGUGUACGCCAUCUCUCCGUUCAACUUCACUGCCAUCGGUGGAAACCUGAUUUCAGGCCCAGCUUUGAUGGGAAAUGUGGUGAUUUGGAAGCCGUCUCCAUCCAACAUUUAUGCGAGCACUCUGAUUUACAAGAUCCUUGUCGAAGCCGGUCUGCCACCAGAUGUUAUCCAGCUAGUGCCUGGCGAUGCUGAAGAGAUCACUGACAUUGUUCUUUCCCACCGUGAGUUUGCGGGUUUGAACUUCACUGGCUCAUCGCAUGUAUUCCGGUCCAUCUAUGGAAAGGUCAGCAAAGGCGUUUCCGACGGCUUGUACCGUGACUAUCCCCGUCUUGUGGGAGAGACCAGCGGCAAGAACUUUCACCUCGUUCAUCCAUCGGCAGACAUUUCAAGUGCUGUUAACCAUACCAUCCGUGGAGCAUUCGAGUACCAGGGCCAGAAGUGCUCGGCAACUUCUCGUCUCUACCUUCCAGAAUCCCGUGCUCAGGAGUUCCUCUCACAACUCACAGCUGGGGUGAACAAGAUCACAGUCGGAAGUCCAGAUAAAGACCUUGGUGCAUUCGUGGGGCCUGUCAUCCAUCGCCAGUCAUUCGAAAAGAUAAAGUCCAUCAUCGAUGCCAGUAACAAGGAUCCGUCGCUGGAGCUUGUUGCUGGAGGAACCUACGAUGACUCUGUCGGUUACUAUGUUAAUCCAACUGUGUACCGAGCUUCUACGCCAGACCAUGAACUCUUUCAUAAGGAGAUAUUCGGCCCGGUCCUAGCUGUAUACGUCUAUCCAGAUGCUGAAUGGUCCUCCAUCUUGAAGAAGGUUGACCAAACUGGAGGCGGGUUCGCCUUGACCGGAGCUGUAUUUGCUACUGAGCGCACGGCAAUUCGAGAAGCAGAAGAUACCCUCCGGUACUCUGCAGGAAAUUUCUACAUCAACUGCAAAACCACAGCGGCUUUGAUUGGCCAACAAUCUUUCGGUGGCAGCCGAGCCAGUGGCACAAACGACAAAGCAGGCAGCUCCAAUGUUCUGCUGCGAUUUACGAGUCCAAGGCUCAUCAAGGAAGAGUUCUUCCCUCAGAGCACUUUCUUUUACCCUAGUAACGAAUAAGUUGUAUUGGUAAAGAUGAAAGGUAUGAAAUCAAGACGACGGUGAUUGGAGGGUAGCGUAAAUGGAUUAUUCGCAGAGCUAGCUAAUUGAUUUCAAUUAUUGCCAUAGACCUCGUACAUCAGAAGACCACUACAUAGUCUUUCGAAAUUUAGAG